UUACAAAGUUAAUGGCCUCUAUCUAUCUAUCUCUCUUUCUUUAGCUUUUGCUUUUCUUGUCUAUAAGAAUGACACAUUUCUCUAAUCAGUGUUGCAAACAGCAGCCAAACACAAGUAACUAGAGAGAGAAAGAGAGAGAGAGAGUAAGAGAUGGUGAGGGAAACGUUGAACAAGGUGAAGCCAUACUUGGGCAUGAUAUCCCUCCAAUUUGGUUAUGCAGGGAUGUUCAUAAUCUCCUUAGUCUCUUUGAAUAAAGGAAUGAAUCAUUAUGUGCUGGCCGUUUAUCGUCAUGUUGUUGCCACAAUUGUUAUUCUGCCUUUCGCUCUUCUUUUCGAAAGGAAAACAAGGCCAAAGUUGACACUCCCAAUAUUCUUAAGAAUAGUGGCACUUGGUUUUCUUGAGCCAGUGCUGGAUCAAAACUUGUACUAUUUGGGAUUGAAAUACACCUCAGCAAGUUUUACAUCUGCUGUUGUCAAUGUUCUUCCUGCCAUUACCUUCAUAAUGGCACUCAUUUUCAGGUUGGAGAGUGUGAACUUGAAGAAGAUAUAUAGUGUAGCCAAGGUGAUUGGAACAAUUAUUACAGUCUCAGGAGCAUUGGUGAUGACUUUGUACAGAGGUCCUAUUAUUGACUUCCUACACAGAAGAGAACAUAUCCACCAUGAAACAAACAGCGAAUCAUCAAAUCACCAGCAUCACUUAGCAGGCACACUGAUGCUCCUAGGCAGUGUCACUGGCUGGUCUGGUUUCUUCGUCUUGCAAUCAUUUACGUUGAAGAAGUACCCGGCGGAGCUCUCCCUAACAGCAUUAGUGUGUUUGAUGGGUGUCGUGGAAGGCACCGUCGUAACCCUAAUCAUGGAACGUGAUAUGAGUGUCUGGAAGAUCGGCUUCGAUUCAAGGCUUAUUGCCGCUGUUUAUUCUGGAGUGGUGUGCUCUGGACUGGCAUAUUAUGUGCAAGGUUUGGUGAUUAAGGAGAAAGGCCCAGUAUUUGUUACUGCUUUUAGCCCACUAUGCAUGAUUAUCACAUGCGCUUUAGGGGCCAUUAUUUUAGCUGAGAAAGUUCACUUGGGAAGCAUAAUUGGAGCUAUUUUCAUAGUAAUGGGCCUUUACACAGUUGUGUGGGGCAAAAGCAAAGAAGGCCCAAACAUUAGGACCGCAGCUUCAUUGACAAAUAUUGAAAAGAAUGGUGACAACCUUGAAUUGCCAAUCAAAAAUGACACUAAAUCAGUCCUUGUUGUAAGCAGUAAUGUCAAUGGAGCCCAUGGAGGUGCAGAGGAGGUGAAGAUUCCAGCACAAUGUACAUGAAAGAUCACGUGUUUCCGUAUGUGUAUGUGUAUGUGCAUGUGUAUGUGUAUGUGUUGAGGAAAAUUCCAUCAGAGUUAAUUUUCCAAUCUCUCCAUCUCCAGUGUCCAUGUUAUAUGUAAAUCUGAAUAUGUAACUUCUUGACUUGGGCUAUAUAUGUGCUACAAUGAAGCACUAAUUAUAUAGUUUUUCUUC